AUGGACGUAGCUGUUUGGAGGAGAUCAUGGUUCAAUGGGGUAUCAGCUGAUGACAUGGUUUUAAGCUUGAUAUUUGUCAAUGCAGCUGUCUUUAUGCUAUGGAAGAUUGCUGACAUACAAUUUAUGGUGAACAACUUUACGUCUGACAGUAGUUUAAUUCAAUCCCCAUAUCACCCUAAUUAUCGUGAUGUGCCUGGGCAGACUCCAUUGCACAAUUUCAUAAGUGGAAGUGUUCACACGCUGAUUACUUCUGGAUUCAGUCAUUUUCAUGAUACGCACUUUGUAUCCAACAUGAUUGGACUUUACAUCUUUGGGAUGAAUGAUCAAGAUAUACGUUAUGAGAAUUUAGAUGAUGGAUCUGUUUCAAAACUGGUUGUUGGGACUUCGAAUAUAGAGGAUGCAAAGAUAACUGCAAUUAAUUGUUUCUUCAAUCAGUUCCUAAAACCUGUCUGUGUCUGUGCUGUGUCUUCUUUCUCCUUUUAUUUUCCCACUGGUCAGAUCGGAAGAACUUCUGGUCCUGAGUACUUGUUUAAAUUGUAUCUCGCUAGGGCAAUUGGCAGUUCACUGUUCUACCUGGUACACAAAGCCUUUAUGGUCUUAUUAACGAAGGUACAACUGCUAUCCAACAAUCAUUCUGUUGUGCUCUUAUGAGGGAGCAAGUCAUAAGAAUAAUUUAUUGAUACAUCCAAAUGUUUGUUCGAUAAUAUGUUAUGCAGAUUUGCUUGAUUGAUAUUUGAACUUUCACAUGAUGUUUUAGUUAGAAUUCAAAUUAAAGAAGCAAUGCCUGUAAGCUGAUAUGUAUAUGGACAUGAAAAUUCUAUUUAAGAUAUUUUUUAAGUGAUAGUAAUUCGUUUACUACAGCAUCAGUCUGAAUAUUUGAUGCAAUAUUGGAUUAGAUUACUUCGGAAUGAGAGUUAUUGUAAAAUUACAAAGUUUUAUUUCGAGUUUCUAUUAUUUAAGAGUUUUAUUUUCUUAGGUUUAUUAUUUUCUAAUUUAUCUUAUUUAGUAUUCCUAUUUAGAUUUGAAUUAGGAUUCUAAAUCCUAAUGUGAUUGGAAUUUUAAACUCUAUAAAUAGGACUGGGGGUUUUUAAAUUAGAAGUUUGAUUUUUAUGAUUUUUAUAGAGAUUUAGC